AUGGGGAAGGAGCAGGAGCUGGUGCAGGCGGUGAAGGCGGAGGACGUGGGCACCGCGCAGCGCCUGCUGCAGAGGCCGCGGCCCGGCAAAGCCAAGCUCCUGGGCUCCACUAAGAAGAUCAAUGUCAACUUCCAGGACCCAGAUGGCUUCUCAGCCCUGCACCACGCCGCCCUGAAUGGCAACACUGAACUGAUCUCCUUGCUGCUGGAGGCCCAGGCCGCUGUAGAUAUCAAGGACAACAAAGGCAUGCGGCCACUACACUAUGCAGCCUGGCAGGGCCGGAAGGAGCCCAUGAAGCUGGUGCUGAAGGCGGGCUCGGCAGUCAAUGUCCCCUCCGAUGAGGGCCACAUCCCUCUGCACCUGGCAGCUCAGCAUGGCCACUAUGAUGUGUCUGAGAUGCUGCUUCAACACCAGUCGAACCCCUGCAUUGUGGAUAACUCGGGGAAGACACCCCUGGACCUGGCCUGUGAGUUUGGCCGUGUGGGGGUGGUCCAGCUGCUGCUUAAUAGCAAUAUGUGUGCCGCGCUGCUAGAACCCCGGCCAGGGGAUGCCACCGACCCCAACGGCACCAGCCCCCUGCACCUGGCGGCCAAGAACGGCCACAUUGACAUAAUCAGACUCCUCCUUCAGGCUGGCAUUGAUAUCAACCGGCAGACCAAGUCUGGCACUGCGCUACAUGAGGCCGCGCUCUGCGGGAAGACCGAAGUCGUCCGGCUGCUGCUUGACAGUGGCAUCAAUGCCCAGGUACGGAAUACCUACAGCCAGACGGCACUGGACAUAGUGCACCAAUUUACCACAUCACAAGCCAGCAAAGAGAUCAAGCAGCUGCUCCGAGAGGCCUCAGCGGCUCUGCAGGUCCGGGCGACCAAGGAUUACUGCAACAACUAUGACCUCACCAGCCUGAACGUGAAGGCUGGGGACAUCAUCACGGUCCUGGAACAGCAUCCUGAUGGCCGGUGGAAGGGCUGUGUCCAUGACAACCGGACAGGCAAUGAUCGCGUCGGCUACUUCCCAUCCUCCUUGGGCGAGGCCAUUGUCAAGAGAGCUGGUCCCCGAGCUGGCCCGGAGCCAAGCCCACCCCCGGGAGGUGGCCCGUCGGGGCCCUCUGCGCCUCCAGAGGAGAUCUGGGUGCUGAGGAAGCCUUUUGCAGGUAGUGACCGCAGUGGCAGCCUGAGCGGCGCAGCUGGUGGCCGGGGCAGCAGUGGCCAUGCCCUGCAUGCGGGCUCUGAAGGGGUCAAGCUCCUGGCGACCGUACUUUCUCAGAAGUCUGUGUCUGAGUCCAGCCCCGGGGACAGCCCCAUCAAGCCUCAGGAAGGUCCUGCAGGUGCUGCCCGUGCCCAGCCUCCCGUGGGGCCCGUGGAACAGCAGCCCCGGAAGCAGGAGCUGGCAUCGGAGGGCAAGAGUGCCGAGGCGGUCAGCCAGUGGCUGGCCACGUUCCAGCUGCAGCUCUAUGCACCCAACUUCAUCAGCGCAGGUUAUGACCUGCCCACCAUUAGCCGCAUGACCCCUGAGGACCUCACGGCCAUUGGCGUCACCAAGCCAGGCCACCGGAAGAAGAUCACAGCAGAGAUCAGUGGCCUGAGCCUUCCUGACUGGCUGCCUGAGCACAAACCUGCUAACCUGGCCGUGUGGCUGUCCAUGAUUGGCCUGGCUCAGUACUACAAAGUACUGGUGGACAAUGGCUAUGAGAACAUCGACUUCAUCACUGACAUCACCUGGGAAGACCUACAGGAGAUUGGCAUCACCAAGCUGGGACAUCAGAAGAAACUGAUGCUGGCUGUGAGGAAAUUGGCAGAGUUGCAGAAGGCGGAGUAUGCCAAGUACGAGGGAGGUCCACUGCGCAGGAAAGCACCCCAGUCGCUGGAGGUGGUGGCCAUCGAAUCUCCACCCCUGCCUGAAUCUAUGCCCUCCGAGUGCCAGUCUCCAAAGAUGACCACUUUCCAGGAUAGUGAGCUCAGUGGGGAGCUGCAGGCAGCCCUGACAGGUCCUGCAGAGGGCACAGCCGCAGCCACCGAGAAGCCGUACAACCAGCUGCCACCCACCCCGAGGGGCAGCCUGCGGCAGGAGCCCAGCCUUGGAGGGCGGGCACGGCACCUGAGCAGCUCCCAGGAGCUGCUGGGUGAUGGGCCCCUGGGGCCAGGCAGCCCCAUGUCGCGGAGCCAGGAGUACUUGCUGGAUGAGGGGCCCGCCCCCAGCACACCACCCAAGGAGGCCCGGCCCAGUCGCCACGGCCACAGUGUCAAGCGGGCCAGUGUGCCCCCCGUGCCUGGGAAGCCACGGCAGAUCCUUCCACCCAGUGCCAGCCACUUCACACCCCCACAGACACCCACAAAAGCCCGGCCAAGCUCCCCCCAGGCUUUAGGGCCUCCUCAUGGGCCUGCCCCGGCCACAGCCAAAGUGAAGCCCACGCCACAGCUGCUGCCUCCGGCAGAGCGGCCCAUGUCCCCACGUUCACUGCCCCAGUCACCCACCCACCGGGGCUUCGCCUAUGUGCUGCCCCAGCCUGUGGAGGGAGAAACAGCCCCUGGGGCUCCAGGGCCUGUGCCCAGGCUGUGCCUGCCCCCUGAAGGUGACACCGAGCCAGGGCGGCCCAAGAAACGUGCCCACAGCCUGAACCGCUACGCUGCAUCAGACAGUGAGCCAGAGCGCGAUGAGCUGCUGGUGCCUGCGGCAGCAGGGCCCUAUGCCACCGUCCAGCGGCGGGUGGGCCGCAGCCACUCUGUGAGGGCGCCAGCAGGCGCUGACAAGAACGUCAACCGCAGCCAGUCUUUUGCUGUGAGGCCCCGCAAAAAAGGCCCCCCGCCACCCCCACCCAAGCGCUCCAGUUCUGCCAUGGCCAGCGCCAACCUAGCUGAUGAGCCAGGGCUGGAAACCGAGACUGAGGAGCCAGGCCCCGAGGAUGGUGGGCUAGCGGUGCGGCCUCAGCGCCGGAGGGCCAGUGAUCUGGCCAGCAGCGUGGACACGGGCAGUGCAGGCAGUGUAAAGAGCAUUGCUGCCAUGCUUGAGCUGUCAUCCAUCGGGGGUGGGGGCCGGGCUGCCCGAAGACCCCCCGAAGGUCACCCAAUACCUCACCCUGCUAGCCCAGAGCCAGGGCGAGUGGCCACGGUGCUGGCCUCCGUGAAGCACAAGGAGGCCAUUGGGCCUGAUGGAGAAGUGGUGAACCGGCGUCGCACACUCAGUGGGCCAGUGACUGGACUUCUGGCCACUGCCCGCCGGGGUUCUGGGGAGCCAGUGGUUCCUGUAGAACAGCACAGCCCCUUUGCCGAGGAUGGAGCAGCUAGGCAGCGGCCCCGAGGCCCUACCAAGGGCGAUGGCAUCAGCGAGGGCCCACCCCUGGCCAGGGUGGAAGCCAGUGCCACUCUCAAGAGGCGCAUCCGAGCGAAGCAGAGCCAGCAGGAGAAUGUCAAAUUCAUCCUGACCGAGUCUGACACAGUGAAGCGUAGGCCCAAGGCCAAGGAGCGGGAAGUGGGGCUCGAACCACCUCCGCCGCCACUGUCUGUAUAUCAAAAUGGGACUGGGACUGGUACGCUCCGCCGCAGGCCAGUUUCUGAGCAGGCCACGCCCCCUGAGCUGCCACCACCACCCCCGCCAGCCGAACCACCACCGGCUGACCUGGCACACCUGCCUCCGCUACCCUUGCCUGAUGAAGCACGGAAGCCGGCCAAGCCUCCAGUGUCGCCCAAACCUGUCCUGGCCCAGCCUGUGUGCAAGAUGCAGGGCUCGCCAACGCCAGUGUCCAAGAAGGUUCCCUUCCCAGGCCCAGGCAGCCCAGAGGUGAAACGUGCCCAUGGGACGCCGCCACCUGUGUCGCCCAAGCCUCCACCGCCUCCCACCGCGCCCAAGCCGGUCAAGGUCGCAGCGGGGUUACCGUCGGGCAGCGCCAGUCCGUCGCCUGCACCCUCACCGGCGCGCCAGCCAUCCACCACCUUUGCUAAGCCAGCGGGCACGCCGCCUCCGGUUGGCCCCAGGCCCUCGUCCCCCGGUACACCCGCACUGCACGUGCCCGCCAAGCCACCGCGCGCUGCCGCUGCGGCCUCGGCCAUCGGGGUUUCAGCCGCACCCGACGGAGCCUCCCCCGGGGACAGCGCCAGGCAGAAGCUGGAGGAGACCAGUGCAUGCCUGGCCGCCGCGCUGCAGGCGGUGGAGGAGAAGAUUCGGCAGGAGGACGGCCAGAGCCAGCGACCCUCAGCAGCUGAGGAGAAGAGUACUGGCAGCAUCUUAGAUGACAUCGGCAGCAUGUUUGAUGACCUGGCUGACCAGCUCGAUGCCAUGCUGGAGUAA